GUUGCGUGUCUCCACCAUUACUUGGAAAGACAAUGAUGAACCCCGAGCAAGAAGAGGCAGUACUGCUCGGCCUGUUGGCAAGCACCUUUCUGGCGAUGCAUGACGCGCAGAAGCAUUCGCCGAAGAGACGGCGGCAGCGGCGUUGGUGGGUUCGCCCAGCUCUGCAAGAGCGCGAACAGCUUGGUCACGCCACACAACUGCUACCCCUCCUGCGAAAUCGCGACGUGGAGUACUACAGAGAGUACCUGAGGAUGCCUCCACGUUCUUUCGACACGCUCGUGCAGCUCGUCGGACCACACAUUCGGAAGAAAGAUACGAAUUUCCGAAAAGCGAUCAGUCCCGAGCACCGGCUUGCGCAAACUGUCAGAUUCUUGGCUGCAGGGGAAACGCUCCGCUCGUCUUGUUUUAGCUUCCUAAAUGGACGCUCGACAGCUUGUGGCAUUGUGUCGUCGGUGUGCCAGGUGCUGUGGGACGUCCUUGGCCCUUUGUACGUUGCCUGUCCAUCAAGUGCAGAUGAGUGGCUGCGGAUUGCAAAUGAUUUCGAGGAGCGGUGGAACAUGCCCCACUGCGUGGGCGCAAUUGAUGGAAAACAUGUUGCCAUUGAAUGUCCUUCCAAAUCGGGAAGUGAGGACCGGAACUACAAAAACUUUUUCAGUAAAUCUCUGCUUGCCAUCAGCGACGCCUGCUACAGAUUUCUGUACGUAGAAAUAGGUCACCAUGGCAGCGACUCAGAUGGUGGUGUGUUCAGCAGAAGCAGGCUACAAGAGGCCAUUCUUUCCAACAAGCAAGGAUUCCCCCAUGAUGCACCAUUGGGCAACGUUGGCAACAUUCCCUUCUACCUGGUGGGAGAUGAAGCAUUUCCCCUUAAGACAUACAUGAUGCGGCCGUAACCCAGGAAAAGCAAGUUUAACCUUUUCAUUACUUUGCAUGCUCGGCAGCAUUGUUUUAAUUAUACGUACCUAAAGCUGUUUAUUUUCCUAAUUCACAGAAGAAUGAACAGCUCAGAACACAUUGUGAUUGCAUUGCCCGUCAAACACAUGAAUGAAUAUGUUCACCGACAGUGCUUAUUGAAUGUAGGUGCUUCAAAAAAGGAAUUGAGCUUCAGAUGAUCACAUAGUCCUUGAAGGUGCAAUUUGCUGAGCAUUGCACUGCAAAGCAAGCCUGCAUUGCUGCAGUCUUGCUGCAGCAGUGUUACCCCUUAGUGGAUAUGGUUUUCACUGGACGUGUGCAUAUCGGGCUGUAAAUAUACAGCAUACACACGUGUGAGUUAGCAUUGCAAUCUUUUUCCAAUAGAGGUGCCUGAAGCACUUCAUUGACAUAUUUCUACACUUUUGUUUCGAAGGCCAUUUCUAUGGUUUUCCCUACUUUCCUGAGGAAGCAUUUUCUUGAUACAUAACCAGUACAGUAAUACAAAAGCAAGUAACGAUGCACAUACUGCUCUUCCGCCUUGUUGCUUGGACAUUGUCACUGCUGUUACAGAAAAUGUUGUUUUUGCAGCUCAUUAUGUGCCUAACUUGUCAUGCAGGUCUUCACCCAUUUUUGCCUGCUAGCACAGAGGAGCAGCCAUUAGAAGGUGGUUCUUCAUCAAGCCACUUUGUCGAGACCCACAAAAAAAGGAUCUUCAACUACCGUCUCAGCAGAGCCCGUCGGGUCAUAGAGAAUGCCUUUGGCAUAAUGGCACAGAGGUGGCGCAUCCUGCGCCGCCCGUUCAAAGCUAAGGACGAGAAUGUGAGAAGGAUUGUCUCUGCUUGUGUAGUCCUGCACAACUUCCUGCUCAAGGAGUCCCCCACUUCCCGAUCUGCAUACUGCCCUCCUGGAACAGCUGACCAUGUAGACUGGCAGGGAAACAUCAGUGAAGGGAGCUGGAGGGCCGAGGACAGCAGCAACAAUGCACUGCCACCUCUGCGUAGCACAGGCUGUCACUCAACCAGAGCUGCCUACAAAAUGCGGGACGACCUUGCCAAGUACUUCGUCACUGACGGCCAGAUCCCUUGGCAAGAGUCCAUGAUCAUGGACAGAACACUGUACAGUGGUGUCGCGCAGCGUGGCGGCGAUCCUGCUCGGGAAAGCUCGUCUAUGGAGCUUGCAUCGUAAAUGGUAUCCUCAAGCUGGCUGUGCUCGAUGACCUCCGUGCUGCCUUCCAUGCCUGUGCUUUGGCGAAGCACGACUGGUGUUCUGUGUUAUGUGUCAUUCACCAAAAAAAAAAGCACACGAAACACUUUUGAGCUUCAAAUAUUCCUCACAGCUUUGUAGAAUAUUGUUUGCGUGAAAUGAACAUGGACAGUUGCUUUAUUAAAGCAACGCAAAAUUAUGUAGGGCAACUUGAGAAAUAAGAUCUUUCAGUGGAAUUUUCCAAUUGUGUGCCAUGCAGUGAUGAAAAUACCUACUGAAGCCACGAUACAUUGAACUCAGUGCAAUUUCAGUGCAGUUAUUUGGUUCUGUUGACAUACGAGUCCAUUUACCCUUCAGGAGGGAAGAUGAGCUGAGCUCGUGGAGCGCAUAAUUGCAAAGGAAGAUAAGUCACGAGACUAGCUCGUUAAGUGCUUCUUUGUUAUCCGUGCAGAUUUGCAGACUACUUGAGCUCCUGUAAAGGUCUGCGCUUCUUCCAGAAGGUAUGCAUGUGUUUUAUGCUUCUAUGUAACGGCACAUAUUGCAAGGAUCUGCUGAAGAGUAAUGUUCACAGUGCAGACUCCAUUUUGUUGCUUUCCGUCUCCAUGAAAAUGGGAUCUUAUGUGGUACAAGUGCGUGCUUCAAGUCGGGAUGAGAAGGAAAUAAAAUGUGUGGAAUGUUUGAGUUUAGCGUCGUCUAGCCAGAGAGAUUGAUUUGGCCUUGGGCAACAAGGUUUGCCUUGUUAAACUGUUAAAAAGUAAAUGUGUUAUUGUUAGACAUUGUCCUUUUCAGCUGCAGGCGAUUUUGAACUGGCAUCAGACAACACAGGUGUGCAGUAAAAUCCCCUUUCAGUUGAGUGGAUAAUAUUUUAUGUUUAAGUAAGCUAAACCGUUCUGAUGAAAAGUUCCUGCACAUCGUUGCUUUUUAUGACCACUAAAAUUGUUUGCCCGGAUAGAAAAAAUUUGGGCUUCAUUGCAAGCUUUCUCUAUUUCUUUUGUCCAAGUGCUGUGAGAGGUGCCUUCCAACUUACCCUUCACGGCUCGGGAAAUCAAUGUUUGUGCAGAUGCUGAAAAAAUAAAAAAAAUGUGAUACUUAUGUUUACCACGCCAUAGGUUACGCAAGUCGUUUCAUAGCCAGUUUCGAAAAUAUGCUACUGUUAUUAUUCAUCAUGCAAAAAUCAUCUAGUAGUACUUCGCUAUUCAUUAGUGAUUGUUCCUGCACAUGUAGUUCAUCAGAGCAGUUACUCGUUAAGUGUUGUGUUUAUAUUAUGCAAAAAUGAGGAUGUGGCCAACAUAUCAAUACUUACGAAAUAUUUAGCUUUGCCAUCGCAUCAUGUGUGCGUGUUGCUCUGAGUGUAACUGCAUGACUAUUGACAUGUUCACAUCGCCACUUAUUCAUCAAUCUUUGCACAGUUAUUUACAAUUCUUCCCUUUACAUGGUCACAGUGUUUAUUCUCUAUGCACACUGCGCCAUCACUUGUGUACUACUGUUGUACCUUGAUGCCAAGCCAUUCAUUUCCCUCCGUUGCAGUGCAUUCAAUGUACAUUUUGCUUGCAAAUUAGUUGACCAACUGUGUGUAUGUAAAAUAAAGAGCAUUUUGUGUAUAUAGGAUGUAUGCAUGUGUUUUUUCCUUUGUAAUUAUUUUGUUCAUAUCCUGCUUGUAAUUGACUGAAAUUGAAGUAAUAAAAGUAGACCAAAACAGUCAUGCUGAGCUUACAUCGGUUCUUGCAUCACCGGGCCCAUCAAAGACAACAUCGCUUCGAAAUGAACCCAUUUCACUGUCGGCACGUCAGCCGCACCUGCUCCACUUCUCAUGGAGUCCUUUAUUU